CGGAACCGUGCGCCGGCGCUCGCGUUUCCGGCCGGUGGCACGAGAGCGCGGCACUGAGCGCGCCCGGACCGCGGCUGCCCGGCUCGGGUCACUAUGGCAACGCGGCGGGACCGGAGGCUGCUCCCGGCGGGCGUGCGCGCGAGAAUUACUACCAAACUCUACUCAUUGGGCCAGAGACCUGUGUGGUGUUCGAAAAAGACUUGCCCCUCGCAUAGCAUGCUACCUGCACCUAAAAUUAUCAGUCCGUGAUGGGUUGGAAAUAAAAGAGCCAAGGAACGUCCUCCUGAGUGCUGGAUCUCCAGGAGCCCCACACCGCUGCAGGAGCAGAGUGUGGGGCUGAGGGGGCGUUGGCUCUCAGAGGCUGGCGGGCCCCAGCGCUUGCUCAGCUCCUUAGCGGCCCCGUUUUCUCAUCUGCAAAGCGGGAGAGCCCUCCGUGAGCCUGUUUUGAAGGACCUAGCUCUUGUUGGUAUCUGAUGCUGCGGCCGCCCUCAGAGCAGGCCCUGGGCCCGCCGCUGCCUCGCAAGGAGGACGAGAGCGGAGCCCCGCAGGCCCCCUGCUGCCAGCCAAGGGAGACCGCGCUGCAGGACGCGUACAGCCAGCUGCACCAGGUGCAGGGGGCGCUGCGGCGCCUGCAGGAGGACUUCGUCCACAACCUGCAGGUGCUGGAGGAGCGGGACCGUGAGCUGGAGCGCUACGACGCCGCCUUCGCCCAGGCCCGAGGGCUGGAGGAGGCGCGGCAGGCGGAGGUGAGCGAGCUCAGGGUGGAGGCGGCCCGGCUGAGGCAGGCGCUCGCCAGCGAGGCCCGGCGCCGGGAGGACCUGCAGCGGCAGCACCAACUGAAGCUGCAGGAGCACCGGCUGGAGCUGGAGCGCGUCCACAGUGACAAGAACAGCGAGAUGGACCAGCAGCGGGAACAGUACGAAAACCUGAAAUGGAAGCUGGAGAGAAAGCUCGAGGAGCUCGAUGGCGAACUUGCUCUGCAGAGGCAGGAGCUGCUGCUGGAAUUCGAGUCUGAAAUGCGGAAGAGGGAGCACGGGUUCCGCCUGCAGGCGGACAGCAUGAGCAACAUGGUCUUGACUCAUGAGCUCAAGGUAAAACUGCUGAACAAGGAGCUUGUGGCUCUGAAGGAAGCGGCUGCACAGGCCGCGGAGUCGCUGCGGAGCGCCGAGGCUGCCAACGCGGGGCUGGAGGAAAAGCUGCAGCACAGUGGCCAGGAGCUCAGGGACCUGGCUGCGGCCAAGGACGCCCGGAUAAAGGACUUAGAGGGCAAACUAAACUGUGUGCAGCUCUCCAGGAAGAAGGAAGAGGAGGUGUUCAGGAGGAAGCACGAGGAGCUCGACCAUCUGGCCAGGGAGAGGGACGCGGUGCUGGCGGCUGUGAAGGGCGCCCACGCAGAGCAGCUGCAGGUGCUGGAGGCCAGGGCUCUGGGGCUGCAGGCCCGCUGCGAGGCCCUGGAGCUGCAGCUCCGCAGGGCAGAGUGGAGGCAGGUCGAUGCCUUGAAGGAGAAGGAUGCCGCCAUGGACAAACUUCGGGAAGAUGCAUCAGCUCUAAAAUCCGGCUGGGAUGCCCAGAUUGCUCAGCUGUCCAAGGAGAUGAUCUCCAAGGACCUUCAGCUUCAGUCGCUGCAGGGAGAGGAGGUAGAACUCAAGGCACAUCUGGCCAGAUGCCAGCAGGACAUCGGAAGGUACAAACAGCAGCUGUCCGUGGCUGCGGAGAGGGAGCGGGGCCUGGAGCGUGAGAAGGUGCAGCUGGAGCUGGACUGGCGGCAGCGCUGUGAUGGUGUGGAGAGGGACCACUACCGCAAGUCCGAGGACCUCAUUCAGGCCCUGACCGAGGCGCGGGAUCAGGUUGCUGCCAAGCUCCAGGAGACAGAGCGGACGCUGCGUGACCAGGAGGUGGUGCUGAAGGCCUUGACCCUGGAGAGAGACCAGGCCGUGCAGGCGUUGAGGACACACGGGCUCCUUCCUGAGAAGGAGGUGCAGAUGCUCCUAAGGCAUCACGAGGAAGAAAUAAGGGGAAGUUUUCCAUCUAGUGAGAUCCAGAGGCUCCAGGAGCAAAACACAAGCUUACGAAGGGCUGUUUCAGAGAUGAGGAAAGAAAUGGAGACCCUGAGUGACCACAUUCUUCCUCCUGCCCCAUCAGGGGGUCAGGCCUCUGACACAGAGCAGCCCCGUCCAAGCCCAGAGGCAGCAGCUGAGGCUACUGAUCACGUUACGGCCCUUGAAACAGAAAUACGAAAUCUAAAGCAUAAAUUUAAAACCUUGGAGGAACAAGUAGAAGAUGUGUUAGAUCCUUCAAAGAGGUCCUCCCCUCACACCGACUUUCAGCCCAGCGUCUACACCUCGGCCGAAGUCCCUGGAGGAGCUGCGUCAGCUGAUGGUUCACCCAUUGGGCUAGCACUCAGGAGGCUCAGGGACAGGGCACAUCUCACGAACUUCCUGGUGGCCCGACUCAGGCGGAAGUUUCUGCUGGGUGCCUCUGCCCUUCUGCUUCCCUGCCCUCCUACCGUCCUGCCUAACAUUGCCCCUGAAACGGCCUCCCAGGUGCUGCAGCGACCCCUGGACAUGGACACCAUCCAGCACGAGCUUCCCCGUGAGGUGGACCAGGUGCACCUGGAGGUUUCGGAGCUGCGGAAGCAGGUGGCUGAGCUUGAGGAGCAUCUUGGGAGCAGGCCACAGUUGCAAGCCUUGGACAAGGUGGCCCCUGGGAAGGAGGUCCGUGAAGACCAAGGACCCACAGGGACAGAGGACCAAGGGCCACAGCCCCCACAGGCCUUGUCUGUGCCCCAACUCCAGAGAAAACUAAAGGAGGCAGCCCAAAAAAUCCUCCGCCUCUGCCUGGAGAAAGAACAGCUCCUGGAGAUGGGGAACAGGCUCCGUGCAGAGCUGGGCCACCGUGCCCCAGGGAAACCGCCUCGUCACCCCCUGCCCACCCCUGAGGCCCAGAACCGUAGUGUCGCACCUGAGGCCCCUUUGGGACAGUUGCAACCCCAUUUUGCAACUCAGGACUCUAAGAACACCAAGAAAAAUUGUGUCUCUGAAUGCUCGGGGAAGGUCCAACCCCGCUCGGCCCAGACAGUGGGGAGAAACGAUCCUCCUCAGGGCUGGACAGCAGGAGCAGUGGCCGGGGCAGGGCAGAGGCAACACAAAAUCUCUACAGUGACUUGCAGAUCAACCCGGCACAAAGAAAACCGGUCCCCAAAGCCACGCCCAGCUCAAGAAUCCCACAGGGAAAAUGGCCACCACACCGGAAGCUCCUCAGCAGCAGCCAGCGGUCCCCUCCAGGACACGUGGAAGUUACUGGACCUGGGAUCCAGCCCCUCUGGCCUCACCUCCCAGGAUGACUCUGCGCCAGAGUUCACGGCACGUCCAGCAGCCAACAGCCUCGGACACCCGGACAGGAGCCCUGUGGGGACACGGGCAGCCUUUGCCAUUGAAGGGAAGAAGAUGGAAGCGCAGGCAAAGACCAAGCCCACCAGACCCUCCAGGGCUCACCCUGCAAAAACUAAAGGCUGCCAGUGGCCCCCCAAGAUCCGUAACUACAAUUUGAAGGACUGACUUCUUGAGCCUUCCUUCUCCCACGCCCUUGCCCUUCCCUUCCCCUCCCAUGUUGGUGCUUGGGGCCUGCGCUUUCACCAUGCAUCAGGGGUGUGCGUGUGCAAGCACCCACGUGUGCACGAGGAGAGGGCAAGUGCAUGUGUGCGCACACAGCCGCAGAGUGGCCUCCCCAGGCUCUGACCGACCCAGAGCCAUUAAAGCCCCUGCCUCCGGUGCUCUCGCUGGGCCCUGGAGUUGCUGACCUCUCCUACAGCGCCCCAGUGACAUGGGGAAGGAAGCCAGGAGGGCCCCCAGGGGCGGGGGUCACAGCGCAGCCUGAUGAGGGUGUGGGGGCACGGGGAGCAGAACACCCACCCACAAAGUAGGCGUUUCCCCACAGAGUGCUGCGCGUGGGAGGGGACCUCCUGGAAGAAGGGAGAACUGGGGUUCUGGGUGAGCCAGCAGCCAGACCAGAGGCGGCUUCCCCGGGCUCCGCCACACCUGCUCCCCUGCUCAUGUCAGGGAGCUGAUGGGGUGGGGGGGGCCCUUCCAGUGCUCAUCCAGUGCUCAUUGGCCCUGUGAGACCAACCCAGCAGAUCAGUCUGGAGCCUUCCACAUCUGCACCCCUCCCCCCACUGCGUAGGACAGUAGUGAGGCAUCCCUGACAGCUAGAUGCCUGCGGCCCGGCACCUGAUACCCUUGCUCCAAGUACCACAAAACCACACCCACACUUCCCCACCCGAAAAACAUCUCAUAAAUCCUAACCACACAUCCUUGACACUUGUGGAUUUGCUCUACAGUGAACUUCACGCUCAAGAUCACAAUUUUCUGUCUCGGGAGGGUCAGCAUGGGAGAGGCCAGGGCGUGCGCUGUACUACUCUCCCAGAGCCCCCAGCCUGUUGCUCCCCCAGGGUCCACACCUGGUUGGCAGAGCGAGAGCACUCCUUGCCCGCCACAGUGCUCAGAAAUGGAGACAGCCUGUCCCCACUCUAGGCAGAGUGUGGUUGUGCCCUCAGGCAGCCUGGGCCCUCCGCACUGAGGCUUUCCCUUUCUGGAUAGCCGGCUCUCCCGGAACCAGGCAGACCGCUUCUCCGGGAGGAUGGGAGAGUGCUGGGGGAAGGCUGAUCCACACACAUCAUGCAGCCUUCAUGGCUUCUGUUGGCCCUCAGGUAAACUGUGCACCAUGUCCUCUCCCUACCUGGCUCACAGGUGAGGGGCACAUGAGGAUGCUCAUCACGGGGAGAGACUACAAACAGUAGUGGUGGUGUUGCUGGUCAUGCAUGUGCCUGAUGCAGGGCCAAGAGAUCACAGAACAGGCCCCAGUGAUGUGCAAUGGUUCCUGUCCCAUCCUGUGCUCCAUGUGACAGCACACGGGCCUGAGGGACAUCCUUGCCACAGGCUAAGUACGCAGCCUGGGGACGCUGUGCUUCCAGGAGCUGCAGAGGUAACAGUGGGCCAUUCCCGCUGUGCCAGG